CCCUUCUGUCACCUCCUUCUCCUCAGCAAGCCGGUGCAGCCCCAGGCUCCAGCCAUGUCGUGCCCUGAGAAGUGCCAGCAGUGCCAGCCCUGCAACCCUUGCUGCCAGCCCUGCGGCCCGACCCCGCUGGCCAACAGCUGCAAUGAGUGCUGUGUCAGGCAGUGCCAGAGCUCCACCGUCGUCAUUGAGCCGCCGGCUGUGCUGGUGACCCUGCCCGGGCCCAUCCUCAGCUCCUUCCCACAGAACACCGUGGUGGGAUCCUCCACCUCCGCUGCCGUUGGCAGCAUCCUCAGCUCUGACGGAGUGCCCAUCAACUCCGGGGGCUUUGACCUCUCCUGCAUCACCAGCUGCUACCGUGGCAGAUGUCCCCCCUGCUAAAGCCCCUGCAAACCUCCUUGGCCAACAACCUGCAAGACCUCUCAUCAUGCUGCUGCACUGAAAACACAACGCUGGGACAUUGCAUUUAGA